AUGGCUCCAACUAAUGUAACCAAGAAACCUUCUCAGUAUAAACAGUCUUCAAGAAAGGGUAAGAAAGCAUGGAGAAAAAAUAUUGAUAUUUCUGAAGUAGAACAAUACAUGGAAAAAAAGAUUGAUCAUGAAAUUACGCAUGGUACUAGUGAUAUGGCCUCUUUGCAAAAUGACGCUCUUUUCCAAGUUGAUGUUGAGGGUGACAAAAUAUUGAAAAAGAAAUUGAUCAAAAGAAAUCAGAUUAAAAAGAUAUUGAAAAGUAAAGAGAUUUUAAACGCUGUCAAAACGAAUUCGAAAAUUGCAGCGCUAAACCAUCACAAAAAUAGUAGCAAUAAAAACUCCAAUAAGAUUCAAGGUGUUUCUAAACACGAGUUGAAGAAGUUAAUGGCUUUGGCUGGCAGAGUACAUGGCGAAUCGAAAAUUAAGAAUAGAGUUGCCAAGGACGGUCUAAUUAAAACUACGGCUGGUGACUUAUGGGGCGCUGAAUCCAGUUCUAGAAAACAGAAAGUCAAAUUGCCUUCUGGUAUUGAACUCGAUGUGGAAAAAAAGGGUCAGAUACCUGACGAACUAUUGAAAAAAUCCACCACAAGUUGGUCUGUUGCUUCAGUUCGUCCAAGAACUUUGGAUAUAGAACCAAUUGCAGUUAAAGAAUUCACAGAAAUUCCACAUGGCGGCAAAUCCUACAAUCCCAACGAUAAGGCUUGGUCUGACUUGAUAGAUAAGGAGUAUAAAAAUGAGAAGACAAGGGAAGAUGAAAGAAUCGCUUUAGAAAAAUAUAAAGAAAGAAUCAGACAUUUGAUGGAGACUUUAGAUGACAACGAAGAGGAGGAAUCUUCAUCUGACGAAGAACAAGAAGGGGAGGGGAAAGAAGUUGAUCAAGGUAGUGAAUCUGAUGAUGAGAUAAGAUUAUCAAUAAAUAAGCCUGUCAAAAAUAAAAAGAAGACCAAAUAUCAAAGAAACAAGGCAAAAAGACACGAGGAAAAACUCAAGGUGCAACAAGAGUUGAAAGAAUUAAAGGUGCGUGUUAAAGAUCUAACAGAAGCUAUUAAUUCGAAAGAGUUGGAAAAAAUUCCAACCAAAGAGUCAGAUAAUGUCAUCACUGUCAAGAAAAGCAAGAAAAAUAAGAAGCAUAAGUUAGGGACAAAGUAUUCUGUGAUCGAUGAAAGGUUGGAAAUUAAAUUUUCUAAUGAGUUGUCAGAUUCGCUAAGAAAAUUGAGACCUGAAGGAAACCUGUUAUAUGAUACUGUGAGAAAAUUACAAAGUUCUGGUAAGAUCGAGUCAAGAGUGCCGGUUAAGAGAGGUAGAAGGUACAAACAAAAAAUUACUGAAAAGUGGACACAUAAGGACUUUAAAUAG